AAUCAGCAGCAUCCUCUCGAUCUUACGUCAUUGGCCAUCACGAGUAUCAGCGCGCUUCUUGAUUAGUAUGUCUCAAAGAUAAAAAUAAAGAUUCAGAUACUUGGCCGUCUCGAAGCCUCUGGAACAACGAGCUCGAACAGCGCGAUUCGCGGCCGGAUGGCUCUGCGCUGCGAUCGCUGCAGGAGCAUUUGUGCUCAAUCUCUUACCGGUUCCGUUCGAGCGACAACUCGUCCCGUGCUUUGAGAUAGUCGGAAGUCGUCUUCGUAAUCAUACGCUUUUGAAACCUUAUGAUGAUGGCAAUAGUCGUCUUUAUAGAUUUGUUGUGCAUUUCUUCCCGGAUCUAAUCUUUCGUGCACCUCUUCCCAUUAUUUUUAUUGGAACUUUGACGGUCAAAACAAUUCAUGCAUGUAAUCAACGAAGCGUGGGAAAUGUACAGCUUACCUCUCAAAUCAACAGAAAUAUUCCUCUACGAUUAUACCUUCUCAACUUCAAAUUCAUUUUGUGUAAUACACUUUACAUGUUCAACACAAUUCUAUUAGAGCUUCUCGGUUACGGAGAAAGUGUUGAGUAA